GUUUUCCUUUUCAGUUUUCAUACAUCAAUGAAAAUACUACUAUUUAAAUAUAUAUAUUUUGAAAAUGCUUUAUCAUGAAUACAGUGUUAGUUAUGUCAAUUUGCUUCUAUGCAUUAUAAAAGUAUAAAUGAAACAAUAAAAGAUUUGCACAUGCACAUUUCUGGAUUGAAAAAAACUAAAGUUGUUUAAUUUGUUAUUUGGUCCACAAAUCACCAAGUAUAUGUGACAUGGUUAAGUGUCCUCGGAAUUCUGACAGUGAUUUAUUUUCUGCGCUAUAGCAUACUGCGUCCACGUUACAUUUUAACAUUCCUUGCUGCGGUUUUGUCCAUUUAUCCCUUUCCUGACCUGUCAUUGUUCUGUCAUGGCUUGGCUUGCAUCGUACUCGUAACCAGUCAGCUAACGCAUGCUUAGCUCACCUGUUUAUCUCAUAGGUUGGUGGCGGUUGUGUCGCCACCACUACACUGUCCACAAAAUCAUGACAAUUGAGGUUGUUCCAAUUGAGUUCGGUUUUGUUAGAUAAUGAUUUGCAAUUUCCAUUUUAUUUUAGCUAAUGCAAAUUUUAAUUUUUAUGUCUAUCUUUAACUUAUACUAUUCAUCAAUGAAUGACGUAUCACCAUAGCAAAGCGUGGAAGGGUGGCCAAUGAGUCUGUUUUUUUAAAAAUAUUGUCAUUUUUUUAUUGUUUUUACUUAGAAAAUAGAAAUUAUAUGAACUACAACCCUAAAUCAUUAAAUUAUUGCCGUUAAUUAUGUUUGUUGGAGAGUUUUUGUUAUAAUAAAAGCAGCGAAGACAUCAAGCUCAUGUAGUUAAUGAACUCUUCUCUUUAGGACAAUUUGUUAUUCUUAGUAACAAGUUUAUUUACCUUUUGACCGAACUUUUGAAGUUUUUAUAAAGAAAAACUAUGCAUGAGUGUAGUAAAAAUUGACUGAAAGUUUUUUUUUUUUUUUAGCUUAUAAAAAAUUGACUAGAAGUUAAUUGUGGUACCACGUGUAAAUCUCUCAUGAAAACACCAUGAUUUACUGGGUCAUGCUAAACAGUUCCUUCAGAGCAAUGAUUAAAGAAACAAAAGCAAAUGUUUUGAGCAGAAAAAAAGUUCUUUUUUUAAAAUUUCAAGGCAUUAAAUACACUGCUUUCAAGAUUAUAUUACAAUUUUUAUUUUCUUAUUAAUCAUUUGGAGGAACCUGUCUUUGAUUCUCAGUAGAAACAAGUUUCACUUAUCUCGUGCUCGAACUCUGAAUUACUGGAGUCCAUUCACCUGAGAACCAUAAGGUUAAUAAUAAUAAAAAAAAUAAAACAUUAAAUAUACUCCUUUCCAUAGAGUGAUAUUUGGUCCUUUUGCUCAAUUGUAGUUAGUUUGUUUAUUUAAGAUUUUGAUAGGCUGUCUUGAGUUUGUACCUUUUCCAUUUGGCUGUUAUCCUGCAUACCAGAUUGCAUACAGGCUUUUCUAUAUUGCUUGAGGCUUGGUGUCUUUUUAGUGGAUCCCUUCCACAUGUGUAGAAUGCAUUAACUCCUCCGAGCCACAAUCACACUUACUCCAAACAGUCAACGACAACAAAGUAUAAACAAAUUCCUCUUCCUUAAAAUUGCCGAAUAUACUACCUGUAUUAAUUAACAAUAUCUUCUCUCCGCAUAGUAUUUAAAUACAACAUUUAUAGCACAAUUUCAUCCAAAACAAAGAUUCACAACACCAAAGAGAAUACUACAGUAUUAUGGAAGGAAUCCAACACAGAACUGUGGAAGUUAAUGGAAUCAAAAUGCAUGUAGCAGAAAAAGGAAACAAACAAGGACCAGUUGUUUUGUUCCUUCACGGCUUCCCUGAACUCUGGUACUCAUGGCGCCACCAAAUUGCUGCUCUUGCCUCCCUAGGCUACCGUGCCGUGGCACCAGAUCUCCGUGGCUAUGGCGACACCGAUGCUCCGGCUUCUGUUAGUAGCUAUACAAUCCUCCACUUGGUAGGUGAUGUUGUUGCUCUAAUUGACUCACUUGGUGUUGAUCAAGUUUUUCUAGUGGCUCAUGAUUGGGGUGCUCUCAUUGGUUGGUAUGUUUGUUUGUUUCACCCUGAAAGAAUCAAGGCUUAUGUUUCUCUCAGUAUUCCAUUCUUACCUAGAAAUCCUAAAGUGAAACCUGUUGAUGGCAUGCGAGCUUUGUAUGGAGAAGAUUAUUAUGUCUGCAGAUUUCAGGAAGACAAAAUGGAAUUUGAGAUAGCUGAAGUUGGCAUUGCAUAUGCAGUGAAAAAUAUGCCCACACAUCGCCAAACUGGUCCUCCAAUACUUCCCAAGGGAGAGUAUGGAACUGGAUUCAACCCAAAUAUGUCUAACACUUUGCCUUCCUGGCUCACAGAAGAUGAUCUUGCUUAUUUUGUCUCCAAAUUUGAGAAAACUGGCUUCACCGGAGGGUUGAACUACUAUAGAAACUUGAAUAUAAAUUGGGAACUCUUGGCACCAUGGAAUGAAAUGAAAAUUAAGGUGCCUGUGAAAUUUAUAACUGGAGAGUUAGACCUUGUAUACACCAUGCUAAACAUGAAAGAAUAUAUCCAUGAUGGAGGAUUCAAGGAAGAUGUGCCAAAUUUGGAGGAAGUGAAUGUGCAAAAAGGAGUGGCUCACUACAAUAAUCAAGAAGCGGCAGAGGAAAUUAGUAAUCACAUUUACGAAUUCAUCAAGAAACCACCUGCACAUAUUACUCCAGUGGAUGUAUUACUAGUUUUAACCAUCUCUUCUCUCCUCUUAGUAUUUAAAUAUCUCAUUGGCUUCACUAUUUCAUUCACAACACAACACACCAAAAAUAAUACUAUAAUGGAAGGAAUCGAACACAGAACAGUUGAGGUUAAUGGAAUCAAAAUGCAUGUCGCAGAAAAAGGAAACAAACAAGGACCAGUUGUUUUGUUCCUUCACGGCUUCCCUGAACUAUGGUACUCAUGGCGCCACCAGAUUGCUGCUCUCGCCUCCCUAGGCUACCGUGCUGUGGCGCCAGAUCUUCGUGGCUAUGGUGACACCGAGGCUCCGGCUUCUGUUAGUAGCUAUACAAUCUUCCACUUGGUAGGUGAUGUUGUUGCUCUAAUUGACUCACUUGGUGUUGAUCAAGUUUUUCUAGUGGCUCAUGAUUGGGGUGCUAUCAUUGGUUGGUAUGUUUGUUUGUUUCGCCCCGAGAGAAUCAAAGCUUAUGUUUGUCUCAGUGUUCCAUUCUUACCAAGAAAUCCCAAAGUGAAACCUGUUGAUGGCAUGCGAGCUUUGUUCGGAGAUGAUUAUUAUAUCUGCAGAUUUCAGGAACCGGGAAAAAUGGAAGCUGAAUUUGCGAAAGGUAGCCCGGAAUUGGUUAUCAAGAGCAUGCUUACAAGUCGGAGUUCUAAGCCACCAAUUUUUCCCAAAGAAGGCUUGUUAUCUCAUCCUAGAGUUUCAAGUACAAAGGCCCUCCCUUCUUGGCUCUCACAGGAAGACAUCACUUACUAUGCUUCUAAAUUUGAAAAGACAGGAUUCACCGGUGCCUUAAACUUCUACAGAAAUUUCAACUUAAAUUGGGAACUCACGGCAGCAUGGACUGGAGCAAAAAUUAAAGUACCUGUGAAAUUCAUCACAGGUGAUUUGGAUACGGUUUACACUUCUUUUGGUACAAAGCAAUACAUUGAGAGCGGUGGUUUCAAGAAAGAUGUACCAAAUUUGGAGGAAGUGGUUAUACAAGAAGGUGUGGCUCACUUCAACAACCAAGAAGCUGCUGAGGAAAUCAGCAAUCAUAUUUAUGAUUUUAUCAAGAAAUUCUGAUCUUAUAUAUAUAUAUCAACUCAGAUUAUGCUAUUAUAUGGAAACUUGAUCGUUUGGAUGUCUAAUGAACUUGAAAUAAUUCAUUAA